GGGAUACAUGCUGACGUAUCUGGACAAUAUGCAGAAUCGCCUGGAGGACAGGCUGCAGAUGAUCCAAGGCUAUCUUGGCUGGGCAGGCCUGAGCCUCCGAGCUCUGUGGACGUGUGUGAUGCAUGCUGGUUACUUCCUGUUGUCUGCGGUGCUGCUGUCGUUCCUGCAGUGUGCCACGUUCUCCCGCGUCUCUCUGCUCCUCAUGGUGCCAAUCAAUGCGAUCGCAGAGAUCAACCAGCAGUCUGCGCUCGACUUGGUCUCGCUCACUUUGCUGCUGUUCACACUUUCGCUAG